AAACCUGAUCAAUUUAACUUAUACUAUUUAUGAAGCACCUUAUUACACAACACUAACGCCGUCUCCAGACAAAACUCGAACGACCAAAACCGCUUCAUAUGAUCCCGAAUAUCCGAAAAUCAGUCCAAAAUCGGCAGGGAAGCAUAACAGAUUGAUCAUGACCAAGCUAGGUCGGUUAAUAAGGGCUCUAUUUUUCAUCAUGGUGGGUCUUUUUUGAUCUGAUGAUUGGCUGUUUUGUUUUUAUUGAAGGCAGGAAUUCGGCGGAGCGGAAUACUCUGCAAAGAACUUGCCAGUCCUGAGGUGUAGCUUGUGUUGCAGACGAUUGCUGUAUGAAUAGCUGUUAUAAAGUGCAACCAUGGCAACCAGCAAAGCAAUAAGUAAACCAGGUACUUCAGGUAGCCUCAAUCUUGGAGAGGAACAAAAAAGAUGGGUUGUAGUUGGAAUAUCUCUUAACAAAAUUCUUUUACCAUCUCUCCGCGGGGUUUUAAAGACAGAGAUCCAUAAACACUAUAACAAUCUGAAAACAAGUCAAAGCAUUCAUAAACAGAAACUUGGAACUCAUCUAGUGAAGGAUGGAUCUUUCACACUUAAUUAUGGAAGCAUAAACAAUAAUGAAGUCAACUAUGGAAAAAAAGUGAAAUCCUACGAUUAUACUGUAAAAUCUGAGAUUGACCUGGCCAAGCUAUAUUUGAGACCAUACAUGGCAAAAUUUUCUGCAUUUGACGAUACUUGUGAUUUGUCAGCUGUCCUUGGAAUUCUGUCAUCGGCAAGCGUAUUUCCACCUCCAAUUCAGAAGACAUCCAAAGAUGUUAGGCAGGACGUACGAAAUGAAUGGGGUCAUUGCAACUUUAGCAAAUGGUCUGAUAUGAAAUUUUUAAAGAGUUUUCAACAAAUGGAUUUGCUGGUACAAUCUUUAUCUUUGCCACCUGUAGAAGAAAGGAGAUUGAUAAAAGACUUGAGUGACUGGGAAAAAAACGGGAUGCAGCUUUGCAUGGGGCAUAUUGUCGAUGCAGACUUGGUAAAGUUAAUUGAAGUAGAAGUUGCCCAGCUAUCCUCCGAUUUCGAAAAUCUCAAAGGAACACAAGACGAGGCCAAGGGGAUUGCUGAUGCUUUGAAAUGUAUUUCCGAGUCCUUUGAAGAAUUCAAGCAGAUCACAACGAAAGCGUUGAAGGCUCUUGAAGAUUCUAAUCAAGAUCUGCAAGAGAAAUUUGUUGAAGUAACUGAAUUCACGUCCACACUGUCAUCUGAUUUAAAAAAUUUGGAAUAUGAUCACGAGUGCCUCGUAGAGCAAGUUCAGGAAUCAAAAGAAGAAAUUACUAGAAGAGUUGAUGAGAUCGAAUUCAAACAGGAGAACCUGGACGAGCGAGUAAAAGCUUUAGAAAAUGMCAUCGARUYUAAAAGCACCAUGUCAGAAGGAAGUGUCUUCCAAGCACCAAAUCGCAUYYCAUGUUUCURCGGGCGAGAAAGAGAGCUUGAUCAUCUUCAAAAACCACUACAAUURAAUUCUUCGKKWACMAUGUCAGCCAUUUGUGGUCUUGGUGGAACAGGAAAGACCUCUCUCGCCAUAGAACAUAUCUGGAAGGCCGAGGRUAUCUACAAAGGAGGAGUAUUUUGGCUWGCUGCAGARAGCCYCRGUCUUUUYMAGAAUUCMUUGAGUGAGAUAGCAAGAUURCUYGGAACRUUUGAUGAGGAYUUUACAAAAACAWUGUCAAAAACACUACAUUGGUUGCAAUCUAGGAARGAYCUUUGGUGUUUGGUAAUCGACAACUUGGAUGAAUAUGACCUGAARGRAUCUGYUGAGAUCAUGAAAUUGUUAUGUGGUCAUUGGAAACGAAAUGCCACUGGACAUAUCAUCAUCACUACGAGACGAGAGGUGGAACAGAUUCAAGAAGACAUCCCUGACAUUCCCAACGAAAACUGCAUCCAUUUGGGAAAUCUUACCCAACACGAAAGCAUUCAUUUUCUAAAGCUGAGAACAAAGAAAGGCAAUGAUGGAGACGAUGAAACACUUAAAGAGCUUGCUGCAGAAUUGGGAUGUCUUCCAUUAGCUCUUGAACAAGCAGCAGCCUACAUCAAGUGUACAAAUGUGUCCUUCUUGAAUUACUUGGAACAGUUUAAGAAGCAAAGGCUGAACACGUUGAGAAGAUACAAGGCACGCUAUCCCRCACAMGAUACAAGCAAAGAUCGAAUUGCUGUCCACACUACUUGGGAGCUAAACUUUGAGUAUCUUAAUCGACAUGAAGUCGGUCAAGCAGCCACAUUAAUUAUGGAUGUGUCUGCAUUUUUAUGUUCCGAUGACAUUCCAUUUGAGAUAAUAAAUGAAGGCCUACCAAGAGUAACAAAUGAAGACUUACAUAGCUGUCUGUCAUCUCCUGUUGGUCUGGAGGACAUUGUUAGUGCCUUAACUAAGUUUUCACUCUUCCAGAAGUUUACCGACACCUCUAUCAGUGUCCAUCGACUCGUUCAAGAGGUCAUYAGAASCAAUAUYUCCACRGAUCGCCAGAAGGACGUUCUUCAGAAUGCUUGUAGAAUGCUUUGUUAUGCAUUUGAGAAUACAAAUUCACCAGAAGAUGUGUGCAAGAGCUUCMAGGGCGAUUCAGUUUUCAUCCAGUCUAACCUCCCAUCAUUAUCCMUGUGGAGUACUCUAGGUGCUCAUGCUAACGCUUUGCAAGGCCAUUUGCUAGCUGCUUGUGAGAAAGACAGCUCUCUUCGGCACCAUCUGCUUUACACAGAAGAAACAGCAGAAUUGCUGAACGAAGCAUCUGUAUAUCUCAGUGUCUGCCGUCAGAAGGUUGAAGCACUAGAGUUGCAGAAAACAAAACUAGAGGUAAUGACAAAACUGGACACUGCUUCAGAAGAGAAACUAGCGCAUCUAAGAUAUUUUGAAAUCCCUUUGAGAAAUGUGAAUUUUAAACUCAUCUCCCACUGCAUGGGUCACCAACGAGGAACUCCCAAGACAAACACCAGUUCAGAGACAACAAAUUGCAAGGAUGAAGCAGAUAAAUGGAGAGAAAAAGGAAAUGAAGUGUUUAAAAAUCAAGACUAUGGGCAGGCAAUUGACUUCUAUACUCUUGCUCUAAAGCACUUCAGUAGCGAUUGUAAAUCCCUCUGCAAUCGAGCUCUUUGUUAUUUGAAAAUGAGUGAGGCAGAAAAAGCUCUUGAGGACUGUAGAAGGUGUUUGAGGUUAGAUAAGCACAACCAGAAAGCAUUGACUCGCAAGGCGUGGUCACUACUUGAAAUCUCCAAAGAAAAACCAAACAUGUGUGGAAGAGUAAAGGCAACAGCUAGUCUUGCGCUUUACGCCGAUCCGACAACUUCACGCGAUGAAAGAUUUAAGCAACUGUUUCCCAACAUAGAUUACAAAGAAGUUUCUAGUUCCAAACAGUUCAUGGACGAGCUGGAAUGUUCUCAUUUCGUCCCAGGCAUGACAUUCCUUUUGAAAAAUGGAUGCUAUGAUUUACCUCAGGGACUAACCCUUACAAAAGAUCUUCAGCUCGUUGCAGUUGGUGAUCAGGUAUCAUUCAAAUUUGGAGGACAAGGUUUGAUAAUAUGCGCUGCCACAGUGUACUUUGAAGGCAUUUCCUUUCCCAAAGGAGGAGAAAGUCUCUGUUGUUCACAUGAAGGAUCUAUCACAAUGUAUAAAUGUCAUGUAUCGAGUGGUCGAAAAGGAUAUGAAAACUUUCAAAAAGGUGCAUCUGGAUGUGCGAAUACAGACCAAAUACCUUGUGAAUCCACUAAUACUGGAGAACCGUCAUCAGAAGUGUCACGAAUUCGCAAAGUCCCAUGGAAAUUCGUCAAAAGACAGGUAAUCGAAGCGACGAUUGUAGAAGAUUUAGAAGGGGGAAUGAUACGUUAUCCCGAUGGAUCCAUGGAGCAACUCAGGCCGAGAAAAACAGGACGCCGUGAAGCUAUUGAUAACGAUAUCUACACUAAUACACUUUAUGAUACAUUUCAUGUAUCGAGUGGUCAAAAAGGAUGUGAAAACUUUCCAAAAUGUAAAGGUGGUUCUGGAUGUGCGAAUACAGACGAAGCAUCGGAAGUGUUAGGAAUUCCCGGUAUCCGAAUUAUUGACAGUAGUUGUGGAUACUUUGAGGAGUGCGAAAUUGAAGGGUGCGGUGGAGGGGGAAUCCUAUGUGACGGCGACGGAUCCCAAGUGCUCGUUAAAGCGUGCAAGGUCUAUAACAACCAUCAAGCCGGACUUGAAGCGAGAAAUGGAGGAUGCCUUAAAGCUUUUGAUAACGAUAUCUACUCCAAUGCAUUUCAUGCAAUAUUGAUAGGUCCUUCCACAGGAGCCUGCAGUAUCAUUCACAAUGAGAUUUAUGAAAACAAGAAAGAAGGUAUUAUUCUUCGUCAAAGCAUGAAUGCCGAGACGAUGAUCAAAGAAAAUCGAAUUUAUCACAACCUCUCUUUUGGUAUUUCCCUCGAUCAAUGCCAGGUAGGAAUCGAACGAAACGACAUUUUUGAGAAUGGCUUUUACGGGAUUUAUGCAAAGAAUUCAACCACGGCUAUAGUUGACAGUAACCACAUUAAUAACAAUAAAUGUGGAGGCAUAUACUUGGGUAUCAAUUUCUCUGGUCGAUUCAUUAUCUCACGAAACACUUUGAGAGACAAUAGUGGAGUAUGGUUGACAUGUCAAGAAACCGAUGAGGAUCGAAAUAUAUUUUUGGUUUCUACAACCCUUGGGACUGGGCGUCCAGAUCCAAAGAAGCAACUUUUCCUGCCAGAGGGUGAAACUAGGCAAUAUUCAAAUCCCCCAAUUUUAUUCGACAAUGAAGAAAAAAAUAACAAAGAUGGCAUGUUUCAUCCCAAAAGAAAAACAGAGCUGGUGCAAAAAGAGUGUGCGUUUUGCCGAAGUACAACACGUCUCCGUACUUGCUUGGGUUGCAAUAUAGCUUCAUAUUGCAGUCGGGCUUGUCAAAAGAAACACAGAAAAAAGCACAGAGGUUUAUGUCUAGCGGUAUCUGAUGAAUAUUGUGUAACUGUGGAUUUUAAAAUGAAUUCCAGCCGUAUUCGUUCAGAUGGAUAUGCUAUAACUGCGAAUUUAGUAGAAGGUUCGAAAACAACCCAAUGUCCAGUAUUGGCUAGCCGUCGAAAAACAGAUCACCUGCAAGUACGCAAACCAAACCCAAAGAACAAUACAAAGUUUAUUGUGAAGGUCCAAACUGAAGAUCUCAAUUGCAACCCAUCGCAGGAGCUAGUUUUAUAUGACGAAAGCGGAACGGUUAAUGGAACUAUCCAAAGUCCAGACGUGUAUCACAUGAUUAUGGAGUGCGGAGUUCUUAUCCCGGCAUGUAAAAAUACGAAAAAAAAAGCGUUCUUCUAUGCGGCGUUUCCGGAUAGUGAAGGAAAAAAACUGAAAAUUUAUUUAUCGGAGCUAGCACCUUUCCAAGAGUGGUAGAAAAAACUAUUUUGGGAACCAUACAACAAACAUCGAUUAAUAAUCAUACACUGAAUAGUAUAGCUAAAUUGGAUGAAAGCUAGAACAUGUAUAGUAUCUUUCAACUAGAGGUGGAUGCGCACCGAUCAAGCCAAGAAUACUAACAAAAAACAAAAAACUGGUGAUAAUGACAAUUGUAUAUAUUUGGCGCCGUAUAUAAAGAUAUGUAAAUAGGAGUGUACUCAUAAUAAAUACUUUAAGAACUUUAAUUAAAUUUUAACUAGACGA